AUGGCUUGGUUCGAAGGUACAGAGAUUAAGGUUAGAUUAGUCUACUUUUUAUGUCUUCUUUUAUUGAUCAUGGCAGUGGUGUCUGCCAUCUCUACAUUCCUCAUCGGUAUCAUUAUCUGUAUUGCUACAGUAUUGGUUGCUAUUUGUGGUGCUGUGGGUGCAAGAUUCAAUAGUCACAAGUUGUUGUGGUGGUUCAUGAUGGGUCUCGUUGUUUUGAUUGGUCUCUCGAUUGUCUCAAUCAUUUGGGAGCUCAUUAAAUCAAAAGGUUUCAGUGGUUGGAUGAUUAAAGAUCUUAUUUUAAUUGUUUUUUACGGUACCGGAAUUUUCCUUGCAUUCACUUUGAGAGGUAGAUCAUUCAGAUACAAUCCAGUUGUUGGUCAAAAUGCAAACUUCCAAAAACUAUAA